AUGAAGAACUUCAACCAGACCACCGAUUCUGCCGGGUUCAUUAGUGUCGAGCAAGUCAAGACAUGGGUGGGCGACCUUGCCGGUGCUCGACCUGGGGCGGGCAUCGAAGACGUGGAAAGAAGUGCUAUCGAUCACUUACUUCGCGGCGAUGACAAAGCCAAUAUUCGCAAAGCCACAUUGACCACUGGCCACCACUUCGCUGGUCUCCGCCCGGAUGAGAAAGUUUCUGACAACGCCAACAAAGAGGACGCCAGUUUUAUCGACCCUAUUACGAAUCGUCGAGUUCCCAAAGCCCACAAGACAGCCUCGAAACCACGAUAUGACGAUCUAGAAGCUUAUAAGCCGAUCGACUUUGUCAAGGCGACCGCUGAAGCUGACUCUGCCCCCAAGUACGACGACCUGGGCAAGUACAAGCCUGUCAAAGAUGGGAAGGUAUCUCAACAGCCUGCCGCUCCGAAGUACGAUGAUCUAGACAAGUAUAAACCAGAGAUCGAUGAGACAUCUACCAAGGAAAAAGCUGUCGAAUAUGACGACCUUGAUAAAUAUGGGCCUGUCAAGUACAACGAGCCCGAUGGUAAACGACAACCGACAACUGAAGAAGACUCCAAGAAAUACAAUGAUCUUGACAAGUACUCUUCGGCUGGUGUUGACAUUCCUCUUGCUCAGCGCCAAUUGACGGCCGAAGAAAAAUCCAAGGCUUAUCAAGAUUUGGGCCAGUACAAGCCAGUCUACUGGAACGAGCCCGAUGGUCUGAAAGCGCAGUCCAGUGAGGAAUUGUCCAAGGACUAUGAUGACCUCAACAAGUACAAGGCGGUUUACUGGAACGAACCCGACGGUCUUCGUGAACGCACAGCAGAGGAGGUUUCCAAGGAUUACAAGGAUGUUGGAUCUUAUGGGCCGGUUCAAUGGAGUGAGCCUAACGGUCUACGUCGUUUGACCCCUGAAGAGGAGUCCAAGAAGUACGACGAUUUGGAUACCUAUACCAGCCCUUUCGAGGCUAGUCAGGCAGCCCUCAAGGCACACGAGAAGGCUCAGAUGGACACAACCAUGCGCGGUAAACCUCUGGCUCCCAAGGUUGAUGCUCCGGUCGAGGACUUUGCAAGCAAGUACAACGACCUCCACCUUUAUGGACCUGUCCGCUGGAAUGAACCGGAUGGUCUCCGAAAACCCACCCCCGAAGAGUUGUCAAAGAACUAUGACGAUCUUCACCUCUACGGUGCUGUCAGGUGGAACGAGCCCAAUGGUCUGAGACGUCCUACCGCCGAGGAAAGGUCCAAGAGCUACAAGGACACACAUCUCUACGUAACUAGAGACGUCUCUCCUCCGAUCUCACGCGUUCAUCCCGAGGAGGCUUCCAAGGCGUACAAGGACCUCCCAGGGUACCGUCACUACGCAAAUGCUGACGCUGCUCCACGCAUUCACCCCGAGGAAGCCUCCAAGCAAUAUGCUGAUUUGAAGGCCUAUGCUUCUUUUGAGAACGAUGCGCCCAAGGCCAAGGACACCGGAGCCAAGUACAAGGAUCUGCACAAGUAUACCUCUUCUGGCUAUGAAGAGACCACCCGACAACAUGUUCAUCCUGAAGAGUUGACCAAGGCCUACACGGAUCUUGGCAGCUACAGACCUACCGAGUUUGUUUCACAGGCUCAGGCAUACCCCGUGCACCCCGAGGAAGCCUCCAAGGUUUACCAAGACUUGCACAAGUACACUGCAGUUCGCCACAACGAACCCAAUGGUAAUAUGUCAAUCCCUCUGGAUGAAGUCGCCCGCGGCCUCCGAGAGUUCGAUUCCAAGGCAGGUUCCCAAAAAUCCCCGGACGCACCAAAUGCUUAUUGUGGAACCCCGAAUAGAUCUAUUCCCGACUCUAUGGAAACUAGUGUCGACGACUCUGGUAGUGCCGAGACAAUUCGAGCUGCUGUUCUGCGUAGAGCUCAUCAAAACAGUCAACGGGCCAAGCAUCAAACGGCCAGCAAUUCCGAAGUUGGACGUACGUUGACCGGCAACUAUGCUCGGGACUUUCCAGAGGAGUUUGCGGCGUCGUGGAGCAAGAGUAACUCAUCAUCCAAGUCAACACUACUGCCAAACAACGGGGGAUCAUCGGAACAGGUUUCAACUGCCAUCGAGGACAACGAGGAACUUGGAUCUAUGGACGAGAGCUUUCCCAUGGAAGGAACAAAACUUCAGCCAGCAUUGGACCGGUCGGGCAAGGUACACAAGGACUCUUAUUCACACCAACCUCAAGGGUUACAGACCAGCUAUUCCGAAGAAUGUGGAAGCUCGACUGCACCUGUAUGGGAGAAGCACUACGAGCCCAAACCUGAGCUUCCCAAGUCUGAGGAGCCCAAAUUUGAGUCCCGCAGAACUACCAUACCUAAAUCCACUUCCUACACGAUAAUCGCCUUCGAUCCAGCUUCCAAGAUGAUGCACGUGGCGCCAACUAUGUCGAAUGCCUAUGACAACAAGAGCCCAUUGCCCCUUCCCGAGGCACUACUUCUUUUGGCAGAACCUGCCAAGUUUCUUCCGUUCAUUCAAUCACUUCAGAAGCAAGGGUAUGAAGUUGUUUCAGGCGGUCGCCAGAUGCUCGUCUGCCGUCAGAUACGACCAAUCUCGGAGGAAUCUGUUAGCUCUUAUGAUGCGAUGAUCCGUCACGGUGGUGUUUUCUCUACUGCAGAUGAAGCGACUCAGAAGACCAGACGUCGUAAGAUGGGACUCGGUCGCAAGGUCCUUUUGGGGACUGUUGGGAUCGCAGGAGGAGCUUUUGUAACGGCCACGUUGGUGGAAUAUUUGAGUACCAAGGGGAUGACAGCAUAA